UCAGCCCCCUUACAUGUACAGUUACUGCUUUCGGUCCACGGAUGCAGAUAUGGAUGGAUUCGAGCCCGGUGCCUCGCUAGGCAAGAUCCCGGCAUCGGGCCCAAAAGUAACGCGGGUGCGGUAAGCUGUGAUACCCUUGAACGCCCACGAUGUUCCCGAAUUCAAGUAUAUAAAGCCUUCUCGCCGUCCUUGUCAUUUUCCAUCGAGAUGUUGUGAUCAGCAGGACACAAGACCUCAAGCUAUCUUCUCGACAACCACCAUGGUCGGCUUCAAGUCUUUGAGUGCCAUUGCGGCGCUCUCGUUGGUUAACUCCGCCCAAGCUUGGUACAACGAACUGCCAUCUUGCGUUUCUCCCUUCAAGCCAUUUGUCUACACGGGGUGCUUUGACAAUGGGGCGCCUGGAACCAAGGAGGCCCUAUCGCUUCGCUCCGACCUCGACCAGAACGACAUGACCGUCGAGAAAUGUGUUGCCCACUGCAAAGGCAACAAUUACCGUCUGGCUGGUCUAUCAUACUAUGGUGUUUGCUACUGUGGAAACACAGUCUCAACAGCUUUGCUCCCUGAAGACCAAUGCACAUUCCCCUGCUCAGGAGACUCUACGGAAACUUGUGGAGGAGACACCCAAAUCAACAUCUGGAUGGACCCUACAUUCCCGUCCCCUGAAGACCAGACGGAUAUUAGCGAAUAUGCCUCUGUAGGAUGCUGGACGGACGACUCGUCCCAAGGCAAAGCCCUCUUCUACAGGCAGGAUAACCUUGCCUCCUCCGAAAUGACGAAUGAUAAGUGCCUGAAGUCAUGCCUUGACGGUGGUUUCCCAUUCGCCGGUACCGAGUAUGGUGGCGAAUGCUACUGUGGUGUUGUCAUUGGCAAUGGAACAGCCUUGGCUACGGAUGAGUCGACUUGCAACAUGCCUUGCAACGGUGACUCUAGCCAAACCUGCGGAGGUCCGGCCAGACUUAGCCUUUAUGUCGCAAAGGACUUGCAGUCCCUUGAGCCGUGUGGUUCCCCCCCAGAUGAGUCGAGCACGACUCCUGGUUACCCGACAGCCACUACCACUACGACUCCUGGUUACCCGACAAGCCCUACCACUACCAAGACUACCACCAAGUCUACCACGAGCUCUCCUAGCACUACCAAGACUACUACCAAGUAUACCACCACCAAGGCUACCACCACUACUACUGCUCCCGUCUGCACAGCUACCACCGUCAUUCCAUCUAACUGUGAAUGGAAUAUUGGCAAAUGGUGCUCUAACCCUGUCCCCGAGUGGGAUGAUAAGAAAGGCUGUCUCAUAUCUGGAUCUAAGUGCUUCCUUCAGAGUGCUAGCUGCUUCCUCAAAGCCGGCCUACCCGGCGCAUUAAGCUGCUUCAAAUACAAGGAAUGGUGCGCUGCUCUGGACCUAUACUGCAUCAAGAACUGUAUUGGCAAGCACUGCGAUAAGGACGGUUUCGUCCAGAAAUUCCCUCCCCAUGGCCUCCCCCCUACUACCUCUACUUCCACUUACCCCUGCCCGACAACUGUUACGACGACGACAAAGGCAACCCCGACCCCGUACCCGACAAACGACUGCCCUCCCCCCAACCCAACCGGAAUCUGCACUCAGCCAACGAACAAGUGGUUUGGCUACGGCCCCGGCAAGCCAGUUGGUGGUAUCGAGUUGCCAAUCGUAACCUGCAACAACGUUUGGGGCGACUGGAAGAAGGGUAACAUCUUCAAGCUGUACACCGACAAGGACAGCAAGAAGUGCCCAUCCUACCCUGUAUACCAGUUCCCCAACGCCUGCGCUGACGCUUGCAAGUCCCAGUACGAGCAGUGCGAGGACGUCUACGCCGAGAGCUGCAAGAAGGGUUACAAGACCUACUCUUACAAGGAUGCUGAUGCCGCUUGCAAGGCCCAGUACAAGGACUGCCUAAUCGUGAACAAAUGGGUUCAGGGCUACGGCCACUGUACCACCUGGGACUGCUAAUUUAUCUGAGUUGGGCAGUGAAGAGCAUACAAGUGGCUCUGGCCUGACAUCGAUAAGGCGUAUUGUACGAUGUGUAGAUAGGUCUCGGUAAAGAUUUGAAAGGAUCUAAUAUUAGAGAGGAUGUACUUUUAAUGAUAAUAUUUGUGCAGAAGUUUUUUUUUUCUGGGCUUGUACACUUUUUUCAUCAAUUGUGAGACUAGGUGGUUAUUAGCUAAGGCUGCUGCACUUGCUAGGAUUUUGUAUUUAACUAGCCCCAGGUCUAGCACACAUAUCAUGUCGAGA